CAGUGUUAUCUGUUCUAAAGCUUUAUAAACACUGAAGCUUCAGCGUUAGCAUGUCGGCUUUAUGAUCACGACACCGGCUGCUAACACAGUUUGAUCUGUUUAGCGGUUUAAAGUUGGCCACAAAUUAAUUCCGACUGUUUGCUGUGUUGUAACCUUUAUGGCCAAAUACCAGGAGUGAUGUUGAUUCCUUCCAUGAGUUAAAUAGUAUAAGAAUAGCUUUGAUUUGUGUGUUUAUUUCUGAAAUGGCAAUUGUGAGGGAAAGAGGUCAACUUAUAGCUAACAUCUAGAUGUUUAAACGAUUUAAAUACUUUCUAAUAAUGGAGGUUUCCACAAGGAGGAUGCGUAAUUUGGAGCCAGCAAGGCCACUACGCAGACUAAAUAGUCAUCAAGUGGUCACACAUGUAGUGGCUGAGCCUCAGGAGAACCCAAGAGAAACACCAGUAAACACGAUAAGAGAGGAGCAUUUUAAUGAAAUUCUCAAGCUGAACAGCCAAAAAAAAGCACCUGAGAAACCAGGUAGGAAUCAUUCAGAGAGAAUAUCAUACAGCAGAAACUUCUUGAUCAAGUUGGCAAAUGCACCGAUGGCAAAGAAAAAACCUGAUUUUCUGCCAGAUCACCCAGUAGUUUUGGGCAAGGCGAGGGACCAGACACACACCAGCUAGUUGGAAACAACUGCGUUAAGGUGGACAUGUCACCUGAAUAAUGAUUCCUUUCGGUGUUGGAGUUUCGACUGAUUCUUCUCUACUGUUCCAUCUUUAAAACAUAAUAAUGACAAAUUAAGAAGCGAUGAGAACGUCUAUAGAAGGUUACUGAUAAGUGUCCAUUUUGGCCUCUGAUGUUAUUUAAUUUUGAAUUUAGACCACAUCCUGCAGUUUCCUAUUUUAGUGUGUGCUUUGUAAUCCUUAUUUACUAACAUUCAGAUGACCUUGUGUGACAUAGUGUGUGUGUGGUAACUGGAACACUGACAGAGCUUUGAGGAAUGUAGUAUAGAGUUGUACUGAGGAGACUGUAUGCCUGAGGUCCUUUAAUAUGCAAAGUUGACAUGAUUCCAUAAAUCUAGAUUAAAUUAAACUUCCUGCACAUAAUUAUUUGCCCAAAUAGACCUUGCUGCUUGUUAGUGUGCCUAACUGUAAAUAGGGGGAAUAAAGGGGUUUGAGUUUUGUGCAAGCAUUUUGCACUGUUGUUUUGAAUAUGGUACUUUUCAGUUACCAAACUCAAUGCAUGCACUUUUUUUUUUUUUUUUAAAUUGAUCUAAAAUGACUAUUUGUACAUAUUUGUAUUUUUAUUUUGUAAGUGUUUGUGUUUUUGGUGAAAGUUUGGUGAAAUUCACAACUUCUGUAGUCUUGACAAAUACAAAUCUUAUGUUUAUACAAA